AUGGGUUCUGAGAAUGUGCCCAAAUCAAGUGAACUCUUUCAAGCUCAAGCUCACUUGUAUGAUCACAUCCUUAGUUUCUUGAAACCCAUGUCCAUCAAGUGGGCAGUUGAAUUCAACAUACCAGAUAUCAUCCACAAUCACGGCCGACCCAUUACGCUUCCUCAGCUUGUCUCUGCACUUCAAAUUCCGGAACAAAAAACCGCUUGUGUUCGGAGCCUCAUGCGUUUAUUGACGCACAAUAAGUUUUUUAUAAUUGUGAUUGCGGACGAGAAAGAAGCAUAUGAUCUUUCUCCAGCAUCAGAGCUCCUUGUUAAAGGAACUGAUCAUUGUUUAACUUCGAUGGUUCGGUUGUUAACAAAUCCAACUCUUGUUGAUUUAUAUAAUCAUUUAAGUAAAUGGACUUCUGGAGAGAAACUCACAAUUUAUGACACGACAUUAGGCAAAGAUGACUAUUGGAGUUUUAUUCAUCAAAAUCCAUUACAUUUGAAGUAUUUCAAUGAUGCUAUGGAAAGCGAUUCUCGUGUUGUGAGGUUGGCACUAAGAGAUUGCAAAUCGGUUUUUGACGGUUUGGUUUCUCUGGUAGAUGUUGGAGGUGGAACCGGAAACACUGCUAAAAUUAUUUGUGAAACAUUUCCUAUGUUAAAAUGCAUAGUAUUAGACCUUCCACAAGUGGUAGCUGAUUUACCAGGAAAUGGAAAUUUGAGUUUUAUGGGUGGAAACAUGUUCCAUUCUAUCCCUCAAACUGAUGCAAUUUUAUUAAAGUGGAUUUUGCAUGAUUGGAAUGAUGAAGACUGUGUCAAGAUACUUAAAAAUUGCAAAGAAGCUGUUUCAAGAAAUGAGAAAGGAGGAAAAAUCAUCAUCAUAGAUAUUGUGAUAAAUGAAAAGCAAGAUGAACAUGAAAUGACAGAAGUCAAGCUCUUCUUUGACAUAGUUAUGAUGGCUAGUUUUAAUGCAAAAGAAAGGGAUGAAGAAAACUGGAAGAAAAUCUUCAGUGAAGCAGGGUUCACACGUUACAAAAUAUUUCCCAUAUUUGGUUUUAGAUCACUUAUUGAACUUUAUGUUUAA